AUGUCAGAAAUGAGUACCAACUGGACAGCCAACCUGAGCUUUGGAGCAUCUACAGAUCCUCAUGAGCCAAGACCUGGACUCUCUAGAACAGGGCACACCAUAGUGGCUGUUUUCCUUGGAUUUAUCUUGGUAUUUGGCUUCUUGAAUAACUUGAUAGUUCUCAUACUCUUCUGCAAGUUUAAAACCCUGCGCAACCCUGUGAACAUGCUACUGCUGAACAUCAGUGCCAGUGACAUGUUAGUGUGCAUCUCUGGCACCACACUCAGUUUUGCAUCCAACAUCCAUGGCAGAUGGAUUGGAGGAGAGUAUGGUUGCAUGUGGUAUGGCUUUGCCAAUUCCUGCUUUGGUAUUGUGUCCCUGAUCUCCUUGGCUAUCCUGUCUUAUGAACGCUAUAGCACCAUCACCCUAUGUAACAAACGAGGCUCUGACUAUCAGAAGGCUCUGCUAGCAGUUGGUGGUUCCUGGCUUUAUUCUCUGAUCUGGACAGUACCACCGCUCAUUGGCUGGAGCAGUUAUGGGAUUGAGGGAGCUGGCACAAGCUGUUCAGUACGUUGGACCUCUGAAUCAGCUGAAUCUGUGUCCUAUAUCAUCUGUCUCUUCAUAUUCUGCUUGGUCAUCCCUGUAAUGGUCAUGAUAUACUGCUAUGGGCGUCUCUUUUAUGCUGUUAAACAGGUUGGAAAAGUCCGGAAGAAUGCUGCCCGUAAAAGGGAAUACCAUGUUCUCUUCAUGGUGAUUACUACAAUAAUCUGUUAUCUAUUAUGCUGGAUGCCUUAUGGAGUUAUAGCACUGCUUGCAACAUUUGGUAGUCCAGGUGCAGUUUCUCCAGUAGCAUAUGUCAUACCUUCCAUCCUGGCAAAGAGCAGUACCGUAUGCAAUCCAAUUAUCUACAUACUUAUGAACAAGCAGUUUUACAAAUGCUUUCUUCUACUUUUCCACUGCUACCGUCCUUUGGCUGCUGAUGGAGAAUCCAUAUGUCAGUCUAAGGUAACUGUAAUCCAGCUGAAUCAGAAAGUGGACGGUGGAGUCACAUGUAAUAAUCAAGAACUUCCUGAAACGGAUGGGAAAGUGCCCUGUCUGCUGAGCCCAGAGUCAAGCUUGGAGCCCGCUUCAGAAGACACGCCACAGAUGUUAAAGGAGAAUUCUCUCUGAUGACUAGUCACACACCUUAACCAGUGUACGCUGUUCUAUUGCCACACUACCCAGUUUACUUUAACAUUCCUAAAGGAAAUUGCUAUUUGUGG